AUGGCAGAUGCAGCCCGCUCUCCAUCCAGGGAGAAACGUGAUAGCCCAGAUUCUACCCAUGUACAAGUUGACCGAGCUGCAUCUCCUCGACCAAGACGCUUUCCCAAGUCAAUUCGAGGCCGAAAGUUCGUCCCUGCCAAGAAGAUCCCAGAAGACUGGGAGGAAAUCUUAGACCUGGUGGCCCCUCCACCGCCCCCACCUGUGACAGGUGGUGUAAGAGUCUUCUCAGUGAAGCCACGAGAUGGUGAAGUCAAUGCGCUUGGGCUAAAGGAGCCAUCCCACCGCGCAGACUGGACCAUUCGUCGAUUGAAGGUUGAUUUGAAGACAUUGCAAGUGAAGUACUGGAAUUUGUUUGUGCCCGCUGGACAGUACAUCUCCUCUGCAUAUUUCCAAAUUGGAGAAGACACAGCAUCCAUGAGGUUCUGGCCUAAUGGCUACUUUGGAAAGGCCACGAGAAAGAACCGCAUGCGUACGGAUUUGGGAAGCUUGGAACCAGACUCCUGGUGCGCUAUUGGCUUGGUCAUGCCCGAGGGCACAAAGUUCAAAUUCCGCUUUCGUGUCGGAAAUCACUGGUCCGAUGUGCGAACCUGCCACUGGCAAGCCAUGGGAUCAGUAAUGGAGCAGAUUUGGGCACCGCCACAACAGGAGCCAGGUGACCUCAAGAAUCUUGUAGUGGGCAUUGAGGUUUUGCAGGAUUUGAAGGCCAAUCCCUUGCCAGGUUUGACUUCAAUGGCAAAGGGGCGGCAGAGCUCAAAGUGA